AUGAAGGUGACCGAUCUCAACGUCGUGCACGAGGGAUGGGUGCUCAAGAAGAAGAGAAAGAAGAUGCAGGGCUACGCAAAGCGGUACCUGAUCCUGACCAAGGAGGGCCUCCUCACCUACAGCCUCAGCCCCGACAAGCUGACGAGGGACAGCAUCGAGAUUCCCCAUGCGAGCGUCACGAGCAGCAAGCGUCAUGGCACACUGCAUGUCGACAGCGGCUCGUCGGUGUUUCACAUCAAGAUGCUCUCGCCCCAAGACUUUGAAGGAUGGCGCUCCCACCUGCGCUCCUUUAUCCCGGACGCCGCGCCCGGCUCAGACAAGCGCAUCUAUGUUUCGGCCAACAACGGCACACAGCUGCAGUCUGUCGACCUCUCCCAUCUCUUUACAAGCUCAGAGACGGUGGGCAACCUCAUCCAAACCAUCCAGCAAAAGGUGGGGCAGAUGCGCGAGGACAGGAUCGACCAGCCGUCGUUUGUCAGCCUCGUCAUGCCCAGAUCGUCGGACAACGAUAGCCCACUGCAGAGCCUCUCGACGCUGCUCGACCAGCUUCGGGCCGAGCACGAAAACCUGCAGCACGCACUCGACACAAAGAUUCCCAGAUCCCAGGGACCCGAUGGGACGAUGAACAGCCUCCAGUCGCGCAAGAACAACAACGUCAUUGGCAACCAGCACCGGAUGAGCGUGUCGAGCUUCCAGACAACCAACACCGACGAGGCCGUCUACUACGAUGCCGAUGCUGCCGCUGGCUUUGAUGAGGGCGGGUAUAGCUCCAAAGCAGAGGAGAGCAGCGGCGCAGAAGGCUCUGACGACGACGACUCUGGCGACGACGACGGCCCGCCCAGGGGUGUCGACGAGAAGAAGACCGAGUACAGAAAGGAGCUCCCGGCGACGGUAUCGGGCGACGAGGUCUCGCUCUUCUCGAUGCUCAAGAAGAACGUCGGAAAGGACCUGUCGACGAUCAGCUUCCCCGUCUCGUUCAAUUGCCCCCUGAGCCUGCUCCAGGCUGCAGCCGAAGAGUACGAGUAUGCACCCGAGUUGCUGGAGAAGGCGGCCAAGACGCAGGACUGGGUCGAGCGCAUCUGCCUCGUUGGCGCCUUUUCCGUCUCGGGCUACGCAUCGACGAAGCUGCGCGCCUCUCGCAAGCCCUUUAACCCGCUGCUGGGCGAGACGUACGAGUGCGUGCGCGAGGACAAGCACCUGCGCUUUAUUGCCGAAAAGGUCGUCCAUCAGCCCCCGAUUGUGGCCCUGUAUGCGGAAGGAAAGGGCUGGCAGUGCGAAGGCUGGUCGUCUGUCAAGAACAAGUUUUGGGGAAAGAGCCUCGAGCUGAUUCCUGAGGGUCAGACGAGGCUCGAGUUUGACGAUGGCGACGUCUUUAGCUUCCAGAAGCCGUCCAGCUUCAUGCGCAACCUCCUCGCGGGCAACAAAUACCUCGAGCACGUCGGCGAGCUCACCGUGACCAACGAGAACACGGGCGCGAAGCUUGUUAUCGAGUUCAAGGAGGGUAACAUGUGGGGAGGCCAGAACAGCCGCAACCAGGUCGUGGGCACCGUGUACGACGAAAAGUCAAAGAAGAUCUCGACGGUCAAGGGCAAGUGGUCCGACAAUCUGGCGAUCCAAAAGGACAGCGAAAACUACCAGGUCCUGUGGGAGGCGGCCGAGAUGCCCAAGCGGGCCGAGGACUACUACGGAUUCACGUACUUUGCCAUGUCGCUCAAUGAGCUGACCAAGGACCUCGACGGCGUCGUUCCCAAGACUGACUCACGACUGAGGCCGGAUCAGCGCGCAUUUGAGGAAGGAAACGUCGAAAAGGCCGAAGAGCUCAAGCAGAAGCUCGAGGGGGAGCAGAGGCAGAGACGCAAGGAAGGCAAGGCGCCCGGUCCCCGAUGGUUCCACAAGGAGGAAGGCGACGAGCCAGAGUGGAAGUACGGAAGUAAAGACGGGACAAACUACUUCAAGGCCCGGGCAAAGGUCGUCGGCUCCGACUCGGCAGAAAAGGAAAAAGGCGACAAGGAACCAAAGAAUCAGGGUCAAGAUGCCUGGGAGAACGUGCCAAACAUCUUUGGUCUUUAA